AUGCGGUUUUCGUCCCCGGCUUCGGCGAACAUGAUCGUGACGAACACGCCGGCGCCGGACCUAGCGCUCACCAAUCUCGCGUACUGCUCGCACGCCGAUCUCCACGGCUUCGCCGUCCCCGGCACCAAGCUCUUCCUCGCUUCCAUCGGAGAUUCCUUCGUUCUCUCUGUUUCAUAUCCUUUUAGAAAUUCUGGUCUAUUUUCUCAUUUCGUACGCAUUGCCCUAAAUGCGAUUCAGCGUCGGCAUGCUAGAGUUUCCUCCGGCGAUUCGAUACCCGUUAGCAGAUUUAUUCCGCCUGAUAGUUUCGACCUGGCAUUGCUUACACUUGAGUUGGAGUUUGUGAAAAAGGGGAAUAAAAAUGAACAGGUUGAUGCUGUUCUUCUGGCCAACCAACUUCGAAAGAGAUUUAUCAACCAGGUCAUGACAACAGGGCAAAAAGUAUCGUUUGAGUAUCAUGGAAAUAACUAUAUUUUCACUGUCAAUCAAGCUGCUGUUGAGGGGCAACAAAGCUCUAAUGCUCCUGAAAGAGGGAUAAUUUCAAGUGAUACAUACUUUGUCUUUGAAACAUCAAAUGGGAGUGGAAUAAAGGUUGUCAAUCAGCGUGAAGCAGCAAGCAGCAACAUCUUCAGGCAAAAGGAGUUCAAUCUUCAAGAACUUGGUAUAGGUGGCCUAAGUGCGGAGUUUGCAGAUAUAUUUCGAAGAGCCUUUGCUUCUCGUGUUUUCCCUCCCCAUGUGACAAAUAAAUUGGGGAUUAAGCAUGUGAAGGGAAUGCUGCUUUUUGGGCCUCCUGGUACUGGCAAAACACUUAUGGCUCGUCAAAUUGGAAAAAUGCUGAAUGGGAGGGAACCAAAGUCUUUGGGUUCCAAAGCUGAUAAAACAUGCCUGAAUAAUGUCUAUAAUAGAAAUGAGAUUGUUAAUGGACCUGAAGUUUUGAGCAAAUUCGUUGGUGAAACUGAAAAGAAUGUUCGGGAUCUUUUUGCCGAUGCUGAGAAUGAUCAAAGAACUCGGGGGGACGAAAGUGAUUUGCAUGUAAUCAUUUUUGACGAAAUUGAUGCUAUUUGUAAGAUUGAUAGUGGCACCAAUUUGUUGCUUUUGAUGACUAGCGUAAUUUAUCAUUACUUUCACAUUGUUUGUCCUCCUAUAUGA